AUGGACAUGGAUCAAAUGAUCGACGCUCAGCAUGAGCUCUACCUACGCAUACUGCGUAGCGUGGAGAACUUGAAGAAGAUCGGGGCGAGCAAAUUGAACGCCCACACUGUCCAGGCUGCAAUCCGCGUCCUGGAUGAUAAAUGGGCCAAAUUCACGGAACAGCAUGAAGAGCUCCGCGCCCACUUCUGGAAGGAGAUCAAGCGGGAGAAGUACACCACCGAGGACCUCCUCAGCAAGGUUGAGACGGCGUAUUAUGGGCAGCGCUCCGAACUCGCCGGACUGGAGGAGCAGUUCAUCGAGCCUGUGGGGCCCGCCCUCGGCGAACGGGUCCGAGAGACGGCUCCGUCCCGCCGAACGUUACCGCGGAUCAACCUACCGCAGUUUAGCGGCAAGUUCGAGGACUGGCCAGCCUACCGAGAUCUGUUCAGCUCCAUGGUCCUAGGAGACGCGUCCUUGACAAAGGUUGAACAGCUGCAUUACCUGAAAACCAGCGUAAAGGGUGAUGCUGAACAGCUGAUUCGCAACCUGCCGUCUACUGAAGAAAAUUUAGAGGAUGCGUGGGACUUGCUGACCACGUAUUUCGAAAAUAAACGCUUACUGGUCAGAUCAUACCUGACAGCCUUCACUUCGCUGCCGCGAUUGAAGGCCCCGUCAGCCGAUGGACUACGCCGACUGUUCCACGGCGUGCUCACGACAGUCGGUGCACUGAAGGGCAUCGGGCGCCCGAUCUCCGACUGCACGGACCUAUUCGUCCACCUGGUCGUCGAGCUGUUGGACGCUGAAACUCGGCGUGAAUGGGAGAGCUCCCUCGGAAGGUCGUCGGAGCCUCCGUCCUACGACAAGCUCCGGGAGUUCCUCCAGGAACAACUGAUGACCUGGGAGGUCCUCCAGUCAGUGAAGACCGUAGCGCCUGCCAAGCCAACGGAGAAGUCCAGCCGCUCCUCUCGCAGCAGCCAUGUGGGUACCAGGGGGUCUGAUCCGAACCGCAGCUGUCCACUCUGCAAAAGGGAUCACUUCAUUGCUUAUUGUGAGCAGUACAAGAAGAAGACGGUUAGCGAGAAACGGGAGGCCAUCAACACUCACCAGCGGUGCUGGAACUGCCUGGGUCGUCAUCUGCUAGCCGACUGUAAGUCGCACAAGGCGUGCGCCACAUGCUCCGGCCGGCAUCACACGACGUUGCACGACGCCUUUGCGGCUGUGGCCUUACCUGUGACUGCCUCCUCAUCUUCGACGACGACGGUCCACGUCGCGAGGCGACCACCCCGGGAGUGUGGACCGGCGCUUCUGGCAACUGCCCGUGUAUUCGUGGCCGACCGCGUGGGCACUCGGCAUGCGGUCCGCGCGCUGAUCGACCCGGGCUCAGAAACCUCGCUGAUAGCGGAAUCCUUAGCGCAACGACUUCGGCUCCCGCGGACCCCAUCGUCAGUGGCCAUCUUUGGAGUGGGAGGCAUCCAAACGGGCGUCACCCACGGACGAAUCACCGCCACCGUUUCCUCUCGCGAUGGACACUUUGCGCUCGCCGUCUCGCCGCUCGUCUUCCCACGACUCACGGUGUACGGCGGAACCUCGGAGGGCGAGGCCCGUUCCUGGCCCCACCUCGACGGCCUCGAGCUUGCAGACCCGGAGUUCCACCGCCGGGAUGCUGUGGAGUUGCUGCUUGGCGCCGAUGUCUAUCUGGACCUCGCUCUGCCGGAGGGCUUUCGCCGAGGAGGACCGCGCGAGCCCGGUGCCCUGUUGACUCGCUUUGGCUGGGUGCUGCUGGGCGUCGUUGGAGCCGGUCACGUCGCGACCCCCGUGUCGUCUCUCCAAUGCUCCACGGGUGACGAUCUGGUAGCCCUCGUACGCCGCUUCUGGGAGACCGAAGAACCUCCUCGGGCCGCCUUGCCGCUGACCGCUGACGAACAGGAGUGCGAAGAUCAUUUUGUGCGCACCCACGUGCGACUUGAGGACGGUCGCUAUCAGGUACGACUACCGUUCCGUCCGGGGCUGCCGGACCUCAGCUCCACGCGCCGCACCGCGUCACGGCUCCUCGACGUCAUGAGGCGUCGGUUCAUUCACGAUCGCGAAUUCGGUGGACUGUAUCGCGACUUCAUGAACGAGUACCUGACACUCGGACACAUGUCGCCUGUCUCAGCCGCGUCGCCCUCACCAGGUUCCAGAAUCUGCUUCCUGCCUCACCACGGGGUGCUACGGAGCUCAAGCACGACGUCCAAGAUCCGGGUGGUGUUCAACGGCUCGGCGCGUACUGGCGGCGGGUCGUCACUGAACAACAGUCUGCUCACCGGACGUAACUUGCUGCCGUCGCUAGCCGACACCUUGACUCGCUGGCGGCGACACCGCUAUGUCUUUGUCGCCGACAUCAAGAUGAUGUAUCGUCAGAUACAGCUGCACCGCGACGACCGGGACUUGCAGCGGAUCCUGUGGACAGAGGGAGACGAGGUCAAGGAAUUCCAGCUGAAUACCGUGACGUACGGCCUAGCGAGCGCACCGUACCUCGCCAUCCGCGUGCUCCAUCAACUCGCGAUCGACGAGGUUGGUCGCUUUCCGCUGGGCGCCGAUGUACUGCGGCAGGAUGUCUACAUGGACGAUGUACUCACCGGAGCCGCCACCCUGGAUGCAGCGGGCGACCUCCUGGAUCAGGUGGCCGCGCUCUGUACGGCGGGCGGCUUCCCGCUUAGGAAGUGGGCUGCCAACGACGAUCGCCUUCUGGAAAAAAUCCCGCUCGCACAUCGCUUGGACGUCAUGACAGGUGCCCGACUGCCGUCUGAGAGUCACUCCGUCCUGGGCCUCCGAUGGAAUCCGAGGGAGGAUGUUCUCUCCCUCUCCGUCCGACCAACCUCAACGGCGCUACCGACGAAGAGAUCGGUACUCUCGCAGACAGCACGUCUCUUCGACCCACUAGGCUGGUUGGCGCCGAUCAUAGUCCGUGCCAAGCUGCUCGUCCAAUCAGCCUGGAUACAGCAGCUAGACUGGGACGCUCCGCUGACAAGGGACGACGCCGCCGCGUGGACCCGAUUGGAAGAGGAGCUGCCCUUGCUUGAGGAGAUCAGGGUGCCACGCUGGUUCCAGAGUGACGCCGCAAACCACUCGCAACAGCUGCACGGAUUCUGCGACGCCUCCGAACGAGCCUACGCUGCCGUGAUCUACCUCAGGGGCGUGAUCAACGGGCAGCCCGACGUGACCCUGGUAGUCGCUAAGACCAAGGUCGCACCGGUCAAGCGUGUAUCGCUUCCCCGCCUGGAGCUUUGCGGGGCCACCCUCUUGGCUAAACUGGCCGAACACGUCCGGUCCUCCUUGGGCCUUGAAAGAUCGGCGGUGCAUCUUUGGACGGACUCCACAGUCACGCUCGGCUGGAUCCGAGGACACCCUGCAAGAUGGACAACGUUUGUAGCCAACCGAGUCGCCGAAAUCCACCGAGACAACCAGGACGCAAAAUGGCGGCACGUACCCGGCAGAGACAAUCCAGCUGACUGCGCCUCCCGGGGGGUGUCGCCGAGGGAGCUGCUACGCCAUCCGUUGUGGUGGCAUGGGCCGACCUACCUCAGCGGUCAUCCUGACACCUGGCCGAAGGAUGUAGGAUCCCAGGAAGAGACCAGCCUGCCAGAACAGCGACCACAGAAAUGCCACGUGGUCAGGGAAGUGCUGGAACCUGAAGAGCUUCGCCGAUUCUCCAGCCUUCGCCGGUUGCUACGCGUAUCCUCCUGGAUCUGGCGUUGGGCAACUCGCCAGCGCCGCCCCGCCAGCGACGCUGCUGCUCCUGACCUACUGAGGCCGGAGGAGAUGGACGCCGCCCUGACUCGAUGGAUCCGGGUAGUCCAGGGAGCGAACUUCCACCUAGAGCUGCGGGACCUCCGUACCGGGAAAUCACUGGCGACCAGAAGCUCACUCAGGAAGUUGACUCCCAUGCUCGACGAUGAGGGGGUCCUGCGGGUUGGCGGGCGGCUGAAACACGCUAUUCUGGAUGCCGACCAGCGACACCCAGUCAUCCUACCACCUGAAUCUCACCUCACCUACCUGGUGAUCGAUGCCGCUCACAGACGCACCCUGCAUGGUGGAGUCCAGUCCACCGUGGGGAACAUCAGGGAACGGUUUUGGAUCCCACGCGCCCGUCAACUGGUGCGAAGCCACAUACAUCGCUGCCUACCUUGCGUACGAUGGCGGGCGGCCACUCCGCAACCGAAGAUGGGAGAUCUGCCGAGGACGCGGGUCACACCAGGUCGACCCUUCCUUCACACCGGCGUGGACCUCGCUGGCCCAAUCUGGCUCAGGACGACGAAGGGCCGCGGUCACAAAGCCCACAAGGGCUUCCUGGUAAUCUUCGUAUGUUUCAGCACCCGCGCCGUCCACCUGGAGGUGACCAGCGACUACUCGGCCGAAGCCUUCCUCGCCGCCUUUCGCCGGUUCGUGUCGCGUCGAGGGAGAUGCACGGCCCUGUAUAGCGACUGCGGCACCAAUUUUGUAGGCGCGGAUCGACAACUUAGGGAGCUCUUCAGGGCGGCGAGCGGCGAAGUCCACGCCCUCGUUGGCCGCCUGGCAGACGAGGGAGUUCGGUGGGUCUUCAACCCGCCGUCGGCUCCCCAUUUCGGCGGCCUGUGGGAGGCGGCUGUCAAGGCCGUCAAACAUCAUCUGCGGCGCACCAUCGGAGAGGCUAAGCUCACCUUCGAGGAGCUGUCCACACUCCUCGCGGAGGUCGAAGCCUGCCUAAACUCAAGACCCCUCGGGGCCUUGUCGGAUGAUCCAGACGACCUUGACGCCCUGACGCCGGGACACUUCCUGGUGGGAGGGCCUCUCCUCAGCAUCCCGGAGCCGUCCCUCUUGGACACCCCUCCUAACCGUCUGAACCGGUGGCGACUUCUGCAGCAGAUGCGGGAUCAUCUCUGGCAGCGAUGGACCCGCGAAUACCUGCAGGGACUCACACCACGGUCCAAGUGGUGGACCUCCCGAGGGAACAUCUGCGAGGGUCAGCUGUGCCUCAUCAAAGGAGAGAGCACCCCGCCGUGCCGGUGGCCGCUCGCCCGAGUUACGCGUUUACACCCGGGCGAAGAUGGCCAAGUGCGCGUGGUGGACGUCCGCACCACCGUCGGUGAACUGACCCGGCCAGUGGUCAAGCUGGUCCCACUGCCGACGGUAGCCGUAGAAUCCGGGACCCCCGCGUAA